AUACUCCCAAAGGAAAAAAAAAAAGGUAGCGUUUUGGUGACCCUACAGUCGUCAAUCCUUCAAAGACCUUUCUCGUUUUCCUGUUUAUUUCUGCAAUUUCUGAUGUCGGCCAACGGAGAAGAAACCCUCACCUUUGAGCACUCUUCGGAGAAGCAUGGUUCUCGUGAUUAUGAAAGAGAGUUUUCGAAAAUCAGAGAGAAGGAAAGGGAGAGAAGGCACGAUGGGGAAAGGGAAAGGGAAAGGGACAGGGAUCGGGAUAGAGACAGGGAUAGAAAUAGAGAUGGAGAAAGGGAUAUUGACAGGGAUCGGCAUAAAGAUCGUGAUCAUUACCGUAGAGACCGUGAUAGGGAUCGGAGUGAGAGAAAGGAAAGGGGAAGGAGUAGAGACGGUGAUGAUAAUCAUCGGAGUCGAGACUAUGAGAGGCGGAGAGACUACGAGAGGGAUAGAGAAGACAGGCAUAGACGGAGGUCUCGAUCUCGAUCUCGCUCGAGGGGUAGGUCAAGGCAUAGAUCAAGAUCACGAUCUCGUUCACAAUCAAAGAGCAAAAGGGUUAGUGGAUUUGACAUGGCACCUCCUGCUUCUGCAAUAUUACCCAGUGCUGUUGCUGCAACAGCUUUUGUAGGUCAAAUUCCUGGGACUGCCCCAGCCAUUCCUGGAAUGUUUCCAAACAUGCUUCCAUUAACAGGGCAGCAGUUUGGAGCUCUUCCUGUUAUGCCGGUUCAAGCAAUGACUCAGCAGGCUACUAGACAUGCUAGGCGGGUGUAUGUUGGUGGGCUUCCUCCGAGUGCAAAUGAACAGUCUGUGGCGACCUUUUUCAGCCAUGUUAUGUCUAUAAUUGGAGGAAACACCGCUGGUCCGGAUUCAGGGGAUUCUGUUGUCAAUGUUUAUAUAAAUCACGAGAAGAAGUUUGCAUUUGUGGAGAUGAGAUCUGUUGAGGAGGCCAGUAAUGCCAUGGCCUUAGAUGGCAUUAUGUUUGAGGGGACACCGGUUAAGGUGAGGAGACCUACUGAUUACAACCCCUCAUUGGCUGCUACACUGGGUCCUAGCCAACCCAAUCCCUGUCUAAACCUAGGUGCUGUUGGGCUAACACCGGGUUCCGCGGGUGGGCUUGAGGGUCCUGAUCGCAUUUUCGUGGGUGGGCUCCCUUAUUAUCUAACAGAAGCGCAGAUCAGGGAGUUGCUAGAGUCUUUUGGACCCCUCCGGGGUUUUGAUCUGGUGAAAGACAGAGAAACAGGAAACUCAAAAGGCUACGCAUUUUGUGUUUAUCAGGAUCUCUCUGUCACAGACAUUGCUUGUACAGCUCUUAAUGGAAUUAAAAUGGGUGACAAAACUCUUACUGUUAGGCGUGCUAACCAGGGUAUUUCCCAGCCCAAACCUGAGCAAGAGAGCGUGUUAUUGCAUGUACAGCAACAAAUAGCAUUGCAGAAGCUCAUGCUACAACCUGGUGUGCCGGCCACCAAAGUUUUAUGCUUAACUCAAGUGGUUACUGCUGACGAGCUGAAAGACGAUGAGGACUACGAAGACAUAAUGGAAGACAUGAGAACAGAAUGCGGAAAAUUUGGUACUUUAGUGAAGGUUGUUAUUCCGCGUCCAAAUCCCAAUGGUGAACCAUCCCCUGGGGUUGGAAAGGUGUUCUUGGAGUAUGCAGACGUUGAUAGCGCUACAAAAGCUCGAUCUGGCUUGGAUGGAAGAAAAUUUGGCGGGAACACUGUCAUCGCCGUCUUUUAUCCUGAGAACAAAUUAUACCAAGGGGAGUAUGAAGGCUAGUCAUCAUCAUCACAUAUUCUCAUCCCCUCACAAGCCACAUGUUCUAUGUCACACUAGGUUUAUCUAAUAUAUUGAUGUUUUAAUAUGAUUCGUCAGGUGGAUUGUUUUAUGUAGUUUCAUAUGUUCACGUAGUUUGCAGUUUUUUCUUAGUUUCUAUGAUGUCUCGGGGAUUUGACUGGAGUGAUGAGAGACUAUUAACUAAAUUUUAGAUGAAAUUUGGUGUACCUGCACAAUUUGGACGGAACUUGUUUUCUUCUUCCUCCAAUAGCGACUAUUUGUGAAUGAAUCACAGCCAGAUAUUUCUUAGCCAA